GAGCUGUUCUCGCAGCGCCGGUCGGUCUGUUUCCAGACUCCGUCAGUGGGACAGAGCGUUGCGCUACCGACCAGGGAAACCCUUCGUAUCGGUUCCUCUUGUUGAACUUCUAGAUUAGAAAAACUCUGGCCAAUUGCGGAGAAAGCCCCGGCUUCGGACUUUCAGCUGGAAGAGGGGGCGGCCCCGACAGUUUUUGCAGGGGGCGCGAGAGUCCUGUGAAUGAUGCGGGAGGACUGAGGAAACGCAGGCACUUUUUGCAGGAGUUGGGGAGCGAAAAAGAGGCCGCAACACGCCCCGACUAGUCCCAUCCUUGUGUUUGUGAAUGAACCACGUGGCAGUGACUCACUCUCCACGACCAGAUCUUUACAGACGCUGCCGGGGACGCCGGUUCUCUUUUUGUCUCUCUUGCCCUGACCGAUCGCCCGUAGGGCCGGCCCACUAUGGUGGGAAUUCGUCGCUGCCUCUACAACCUCGCGGCCGUUUGUUGCUUCCUCGCUGGAAGACUCCUGUCUCUGCCAGGAGAUGGGAAGAAUGGGUCAUCCGCUUCAUCCAGCACAGUUUCUCAGUUCACGCUUCCUCACACUGAAGCUAGAAGCUUCCAAGCCACAGCCACUAGUAGGGAUGACAUUAUCACAAGCACCCCACAAAUCAGUGUCAGCAGCAUCGGUCAGAUGGAUUAUCUGACCACUACUACACCUGGCUAUUUGAAUACCACAACAGGGAUACAGACUCAGACUGCAAAUAAUGCCUCCAAUAGUAGCACUGAUCCUUCUUUAUUUCUUACUCCAACUACAAACUUACUGGAAACCAAUACGUUUGGCCUGGAUGAUGAUAGAAGAUACAACAGUACCACAUCCUUGCUUACUUCCAGCAGUAAGAUCCUGGCUACAGAAAUUUCACAAUCAAAGGAGACACAAGGAACAUCAGCUGCUUCCCAGCCAACAUCUUCUACAUUUAUUACCACGGGGCUUGCAAAAAAUACCACACCAGUCAUGGACCCUAAGGCUUUCACAGAAGAGAACACUGUUGCCUCCACAUCAUCUCCAAGGACUACUAUUGGUGAACAAGUGAUCACAUCCAAUACUUCUCAAUCAGUAACACUUGAGAUUGCCUCCUCUACUUUCUUACCUCACAAAAUCAUAUCAGCAGAGACAGAGCAACCAACUAAACAUGAACACAAGACAACUGUAUUUGAUGUGGGAAACAAUCAAGAUCUGCCCAGUAUACCAGUAGCCAAUCCAAUAGGAAAGGAUCCCCUGAUGAUUGCCCUCGUUGUAAUUUUUGUUGUGACAGUAGGAAUUCUGGCUCUCCUGGGUUUCUUGAGGUAUCGACAACAUAACAGUAGACUACGGUUUAGACGUCUCCAGGACUUGCCUAUGGAUGACAUGAUGGAAGACACACCUCUUUCCCUCUACAGCUACUGAACAACAGACUUUUUUUUUUUUUUUUAAAUCAGAACCUGUUAAAGGCUACAAAGCUUAUAAAGGAUCCCAGCUGGGGAGCAACUCUACAAUUUUGGAGCUGCUGUACUGACAUGCAAAUAACUAUGGAAUUGCAAAUCAAAUGACUUACUUUUUAAAAAUGCUGUCUUUUUUUCUUAUUUUUGAAAAUUGGCUUAACCAAGACUUUUUCCUCAAUACAUAUGCAUUUUCUGUGACUGGAUACAUGCAAUGCUGGAGAAAAAUGAUUCAACAAGCUUUUCAACUGCAGGCUUCAUAUCAAAGAUAGAUAUGUUGGAUUCUGAGAAAAUACACUGUAUGGGGUGCUUUUUUUCCACAAAAAGUAAAAAGUAUGAAAUAUAU